GUAUAUAUAGUUUACGCCUGAUAUGUUAGGUUAGUCCCUGGCUGGCUGGUUAUAUUUCAGAAUAGUGAUUACAAUAUAGCAAAAUAUUGUUACAUUGCCAACAUGUUGAAAUUAUAACGCUCUCAAACAAACGAAUCCAUUAAAUCACGCAAAACCCAGAACCUUCUGACUUGCCGUACAAAGAAGCGCUUUCAGAGAAUAAACAUGGCGGCCGCUGCGCUCGUUAGCCGUCCUGCGAGUGUCCUUCCCAGGUUUUCAAGUUCCUGCUCCCGUGUGGUGCUAUCAGCCGUCCCUGUGACAGUCCAGCAGAGAACGGUCCACCAUGCUGUCAUCCCCAGAGGGAAAGGGGGGCGCUCCUCCUCCAGUGGGGUAGCAGCCACAGUCUUCGGAGCCACCGGCUUCCUGGGAAGAUAUGUUGUCAACCGCCUGGGUCGUAUGGGUUCUCAGAUUGUGAUUCCUCACCGGUGUGACCAGUAUGACCUCAUGUAUCUCAGGCCCAUGGGGGAUCUAGGACAGAUCAUCUUUAUGGAGUGGGAUGCCAGGAACAAGGAUUCUAUCAGAAAAGCAUUGGCUCACUCCAAUGUGGUCAUCAACCUGGUGGGACGAGAGUGGGAAACCAAGAACUAUCCCUUUGAGGACACCUACGUGAGCAUCCCUCAGCAGAUUGCCAAAGCCACCCGGGAGGCAGGCAUCACAAAGCUGAUCCAUAUAUCUCACCUCAACGCUGACAUCCGCAGCCCCUCCAAAUACCUUAGGAAUAAGGCAGUAGGUGAGACGGCUGUGAGAGAUGAAUUCCCUGAUGCCAUCAUCAUGAAGCCUGCUGAGAUGUUUGGAAGGGAGGACAGAUUCUUCAACCAUUUUGCCAACAUGCGCUGGUUUGGGAAAGCUGUGCCUCUCAUUUCCAUGGGGAAGAAGACGGUGAAGCAGCCUGUUCAUGUGAGUGUGUCUGAUCUCAUGUUGUCAGCCAUGUCUGUUACUCAAGACUCACUCUGUGUCUGCUCUUUUCAGGUGGUAGAUGUGGCCAAGGCUAUCAUCAAUGCCAUCAAGGACCCUGAUGCCAAUGGCAAGACAUAUGCACUAGUUGGACCAAACCGUUAUCUCCUUCAUGACCUGGUGGAGUACGUGUAUGCUGUUGCACACAGGCCCUUUGUGCCCUACCCUCUCCCACGCCCUCUCUAUCAUCUUGUUGCACGUUUCUUUGCAAUGAACCCAUUCGAGCCUUGGACAACUCCUGACAAAGUUGAUCGGUUCCACACCACAGAUAUGAAGUAUCCAGGGCUUCCUGGCUUGGAGGACCUAGGCAUUAUCCCUGCCUCCGUAGAGCAGAAGGCCAUCGAGGUCCUGCGUCGCCAUCGCCGCUUCCGCUUCUUGGAGGCUGAGUUGGCCGAUACCAAGCCAGCCAAGACAGUCAACUAUUGAGUAGCCCGUCUUGUCUGACCGCCCAACACCACCACCAUAGCCACAUGCUGAUCCUCCUAUACAAAUGUGCUGUCUUCUUUUACAAAUACGCUGUACAUAAAUAAAUAACAGAUGAUCGUCUAAAACUA